UCCUCAAAUAUAUAUCCCUUCCGUAAAUCUUUACUCUCUCUCUUCCAUAUCUCUCCUCUCUCACCUCCAACCUCCAAAUUUUCUCUCUCUACAAUUCCAUUUCCAUUGAAUCUCCUUCAAACACAGCUCUCUGUUUCUAAACCCUAACCCUAACCCUAAUUCGGCCUUCACAAGCAAAGCAAUUUCCAUAGCCAACCGUCAGAACGACUCAAUUUUCCUAGGGUUUCGCUCGCGUAUGGCGCCUCCGGCGAUGUCGAGCAAGCAGCAGGGCGGCGGGGACGACUCGGAGACGCCGUCGAACAAUCUCUGGGUCGGAAACUUGGCCGUCGACAUCACCGAUUCCGACCUCAUGGACCUGUUCGCCCAGUACGGCGCGCUCGACAGCGUCACCUCGUACUCGUCGCGGAGCUACGCGUUCGUCUUCUUCAAGCGCAUGGAGGAUGCCAAGGCCGCCAAGGACGCUCUCCAAGGGACGAAUUUCCGUGGGAACCCGCUUAAGAUUGAGUUUGCUCGACCGGCAAAACCGUGUAAACAUCUAUGGGUGGGUGGAAUUAGCCCAUCUCUUACAAAGGAAGAACUGGAAGAGGAGUUUCUUAAGUUUGGGAAAAUUGAAGACUUUAAGUUCCUGAGAGAUCGAAAUACUGCAUUUAUUGAGUUUUUUAGAUUGGAAGAUGCUUCUCAAGCAAUGAGAAACAUGAAUGGUAAGCGUUUGGGCGGCGAGCAGAUACGGGUAGAUUUUCUUCGAUCACAACCUUCAAGAAGGGAACAGUGGUCUGACUCCAGAGAUGGACAUUUUCAGGGAAGGAGCAUGGGGCCUUCUGAUCUGAAUUUUCUUAAUAAAAGACAACAGUAUUCACAAGCUUCAGGGGGCCGAAAAGGAGAAGGUCAACCCAGCAAAGUUUUAUGGGUAGGUUACCCUCCUUCUCUACAGAUUGAUGAACAAAUGCUGCACAAUGCCAUGAUCUUAUUUGGUGAGAUUGAGAGGAUCAAAAGUUUCCCUUUAAGGCAUUACUCUUUUGUGGAAUUCAGAAGUGUUGAUGAAGCUCGGCGUGCCAAGGAGGGCUUGCAAGGUAGACUUUUCAAUGAUCCUCGAAUUAGCAUUAUGUUCUCAAGCAGUGACCUUGCUCCUGGAAAAGAUUUCACUGGCCCAUAUUCUGGAGGUAAAGGGCCUGGGACAGACAUGGCGUACAAUGAACACCCUUUUCGACCUUUACAAAUGGAUAUGUAUGGUCCAAAUAGGCCAAUGAUGUCGAACAAUUUCUCUGGACCACUUCCACAUGGUGGAAUUCUUGGACCUAAUAUGUCAAUGAGGCCUUUGGGUCCUCAAGGUAGAUUUGAACCUCUGCUUCCAGGUCCAGAGCUUAAUGAUUUGACCACCAUUUCAAAUUAUCAGGAAGGUAAUUCCAAAAAUCUAAUGGGUCCGAACUGGAGAAGGCCAUCACCUCCUACUGCUGGUCUGCUGUCUCCUCCUGCAUCAAGUGGUAAGACACAUACAAGAUCUGCAUCUAGUGCAUGGGAUGUGUUGGAUGUGAACCAAUUUCAGAGGGAUUCUAAACGAUCCAGGAUAGAUGGCCCUAUGUCCAUGGAAGACGCUUCUUUUCCAUUGAGAAAAAUUGAUGAUCAUGGGCUGGGUUUGGACCAAUCCUAUGGGCAUGGUGCUGAUCAAGGUGCUUCUGGCCCAUUUGCAAAUGUUCAAGGGAAGAGCCGUCUUAGUCCUGCUGGCCAUGGGGGUUUGGCUGGAGGACCUGCUCAAGUUCAUCCUGAUAAUGAUUAUGUCUGGCGUGGAAUUAUUGCCAAGGGCGGGACUCCUGUUUGCCGCGCUCGUUGUGUCCCACUUGGAAAAGGACUAGGGUCUGAGCUUCCUGAAGUUGUCAAUUGCUCAGCAAGAACAGGCUUGGAUAUGCUUGCUAAGCACUAUGGAGAAGCCAUUGGGUUUGAAAUUGUUUUCUUCUUGCCAGAUAGUGAGGAUGAUUUCGCAUCUUAUACUGAAUUCCUUCGGUACUUAGGUGCCAAAAACCGGGCUGGUGUUGCCAAGUUUGACGAUGGGACCACUUUAUUUUUAGUACCUCCAUCAGAGUUUCUAACAAAUGUUUUAAAAGUUGCUGGCCCUGAACGCCUAUAUGGUGUUGUUCUCAAAUUUCCACAAGUCUCUAGUAGUACGUUGGGGCAGCAACAGUCGCAUCUGCCUAUUCCUUCCCAGUAUGCAGAUAGGCAUCAGAUUCCUCCUUCCCAGGCUGAGUAUGGUGUACCAUAUAAGGAGGAACGAGUACCGCAAAUGGAUUACAGCAGGAUAUUGCAAGAGGAAUCUAAGCUUCCUCCAAAACCACUUUUUCCACCUGCUAGGGAGUCUCCUGGAGUGCAGUCAGUUCCCCAAGACUAUGCCUCUAAUAAUGCUGCGGCAGUCUCACAAGCUGGAGUUGCAUUAACACCUGAGCUAAUUGCUACUCUAGCAACCUUACUGCCUGCAAAUUCCCAGUCUUCUGCUUCAGAAGGUGCAAAAGCAUCAGGAUCAACAUUAAGGUCUUCACUUCCUCCCGGUGCACCUAAUAAAGUAACCCCACCUUAUGGAUGGAAACAGGAUCAUCACCAAACUUCUGACCAUAUAGGGCAUGGCUUACAACAAGUUGGGAGUCAAUUUAAUCCUCAGGCCCAGAAUCUUUCACAACUGCAGUCUUUUCCAUCUGUUUCAAACACACCUAGCCACCCUUCACAACCAGUCCUUGGUAGCAAUCAAUUCCAAGACUUUACUGUCAGUCAGUCACUGCAGUCUAGGCCUCCGAGUAACUUUCCGAUACCUCCUCAAGGAGGACAAACUGGUGCUUCCUCACAUCUGACUCAAUAUCAGGUUGAAGCUCCACCUGGUACCCAGAAAGGCUAUGGAAUAGCUCAUGGAACAGAUGCUACUGGAUUGUACAAUCCUUCUUUUUCUCAUCAACUCAUCAAUCCUGUGACUUUUUCUGGCCAGUCAUAUGGUACUAAUAAUGUGCAAUCACAAACUGUAAUGCCGAUCGCUGCUGAGAAGGUGAAUGCUGAGGUUUCAAAUCAGGUUAAGCAGCUGCAGUCUGCAAUUCUUGGAGCAGGUCAGGGAACAUCAGAGGGCGAGGUUGAUAAGAACCAGAGAUAUCAAUCAACCCUGCAGUUUGCCGCUAAUCUGCUUCUCCAAAUUCAGCAGCAACAGCAGCAUGUCGGUGCUCAAGCGGGGCGGGGUUCUGGAACUCAGCAAUGAAUUUGCUCCCCCAGGUGAGGGACCGUUUGAUUCACACCAAAGUCUCAAAUGAAGGACUCUACUAUGCAAACGCGUUCAUCGGAUAGAAAUGGCAAAUUGCGGAUUCCAAAUUCCAUUUCUGUACGACGCUGAUCAAAUUUGGGCUGUUUUCGAGGCGUAUUUCCAAAAAAAAAAAAAAAAAAAAAGUGGGUUAUAAUUAUUAGCAUAUAGGACAAUGCGACGAGCUAAUUUUCCUCCUUGUUUUUUAUUCUUCGUUCUAAUAUUAUUUUCGCUUCCAACUACAGCUUUAUCUGUCAAUAAUAUUUAUUUUUCAUUCAA